AUGCUAAGAAAAUCUCCAGAACACCGACCUACAGCUGCCGAGCUGUUGAGACAUCAACAUUUGCAACCAUACCUCCUCUUGUGUCACAACCCUUCAUCUGCGUUUCUUCCUGUGAAGUCCCCGAGCAGAAGGAAAGAGAAAACACGACCAUCACCUGGAAAAUCUAUCAGUCUGAGAGGUAGUAGAGACAGACAGUUGAAGCUAAAAGAGAAGAGAACUGUCCUUUACUUUGAUGAAAGUGAUAACAUUCAGCCAAGAAACUUAUCUGACAAUUAUAACACGUUCCGAGCCAAACUUGACACUAAGAGAGUCGAUCCAACAAGCUACUCGGUUAGGAUCUCUCAAGAUAGUGAGGAUUCUAAAAGUGGGGAGAUGAGUGAGGCAGCUGUUUGCAAUGGAUAUGAUCAACAGGAGACUAUCUCACAAACAGAAACUACGAUCACUCCAAGCUCGUCAAGUUCAAGGGCAAAAACAUGGUCCAAGGAACAAAAGCAAUUUUCUCCCGAGCAUGUUAGUCGAUUUGACGAGGGUGAUACGAAGAAUAACAAGACAAAAGAGCUUGAGGUGUUGAGCAGUCCACUAGACCACGAGGAAGCAGAUAUAGUGGAAUGUAUCUCCGCAAAAUCUAGCAGAAUGACAUUGUCUGAUGGAAGAUUCAACGAUAAAACACGGUCCUUCAAUGAAGAAAGCACUUCAUCUAAUUCACAGUCGGCAAAACCAGAUCCAGAGGCAGCACCAAGAUGCUGUGUUGCUGAAACUGAAAAUGGUAGUGAGUGUAGAGAAAUUGCUAUUGACUGCUUGUCAACUCAAUGCGAUGGUUCACUUCUACACAAAGACGAUCCAGAAAAGAAAGCAACCGCAGUUUAUGACACCAAACAGGCUAAGAAAGACGCUCUUCGAGCACUGGAUGAUAAGGUUUUGCAGCUCAAGUCACUAGACGCAUUAGCUAGUAAGGAGGACAAAGACGACUGGGGUAAUCCCACUGAACAAAGAGCAGAAGCUUUAGAGUCUCUUUUGGAGGUUUGUGCGCGACUACUUAAGCAGGAAAAAAUCGAUGAGCUUGCUGGUGUGCUAAAACCAUUCGGGGAUGAUGGAAUGUCGUCUAGAGAAACAGCAAUGUGGUUGACAAAAGUCUCAUGA